AUGGACGGAAUUGAAGUGGUACAUUCACAACAGAGACCCGCAAGGGAUGAUCCGGGUAUUGAAGUGGCACCCGAUUCUGAAAAAGAAGUCAGUCAGAACAACGAUCCGAUCUAUGUUUCCGGGCCAAACAGGCCAGGUGACUCAGGGGAGGACGAUUUGAAACAUCCGAAUAAAACGAUAUGUGGUCUGAAGCCGACUGUCUUCUGGACACUACUUGGUAUCGCAUUAUUGGUGGUCAUUGGGGCCGCGGUUGGUGGAGGAGUAGGAGGGACACUUGCAAAUCGUCAUUCUUCCGAGCCAUCGAAAACAGACAGAAUUACUAACAUUACGGACCCAUUCAAGUUCUUCGUCCUCUACAUCAUCUACAUCCUCAACGUUAUCGACAUCGUCAACGACUUCCACGGCCGCAACGACCCUCACUGCAUCCACCACGAGUUCGGCCCCCGUCACCUCGGGCACGACAGGCAUAGCCGCGAAUCCUUGCCCUGGAAAGAACUUGACAACGGUCACUGGUUCUGA